AUGUCUCUCAGUCCAUACCUCAACAAGAAAGUGUGCAUCAUAACAGUCGACGGCCGGACACUCACAGGCACUCUGGUAUCAUGCGAUCAAGUCACGAACCUCGUCUUGAAAGAUACGAUUGAAAGGAUUAUCCGACCCGCCGACGAUGAGGAGCCUUCAAUGGAGCAGCCGCAUGGCUUGUACUUGGUACGUGGAGACAAUGUUGUGAUUUGCGGCUUGGUGGACGAGGAACUGGAUGGCAGUAUCGAUUGGACGAAGGUUAGAGGGGAUGUGAUUGGGAGCACGAAACAUGUUUGA